AUGAUCCAGUUAUUAUCUAUACUUCUGGAUCUCCCAGGUAUCAUUGAGGGUGCCAAGGAUGGGAAAGGUAGAGGCCGUCAAGUCAUUGCAGUGGCCAGAACGUGUAACUUGAUCUUGAUUGUUCUGGAUGUCCUGAAACCCUUGGGACAUAAGAAGAUAAUAGAAAAUGAGCUGGAAGGCUUUGGCAUUCGCUUGAACAGCAAACCCCCCAACAUUGGCUUUAAGAAGAAGGAUAAAGGAGGCAUUAAUCUCACAGCCACUUGCCCUCAGAGUGAACUGGAUGCUGAAACUGUGAAGAGCAUUCUGGCUGAAUACAAAAUCCAUAAUGCUGAUGUGACUCUGCGUAGUGAUGCCACAGCAGAUGACCUCAUUGACGUGGUGGAAGGAAACAGAGUCUAUAUCCCCUGUAUCUAUGUGUUAAAUAAGAUUGAUCAGAUCUCCAUUGAGGAAUUGGAUAUCAUCUAUAAGGUGCCUCACUGUGUGCCCAUCUCUGCACAUCACCGCUGGAAUUUUGAUGACCUGUUGGAAAAGAUCUGGGACUAUCUGAAACUAGUGAGGAUUUACACCAAACCCAAAGGCCAGUUGCCAGAUUACACAUCCCCAGUGGUGCUGCCUUACUCCAGGACCACGGUGGAGGAUUUCUGCAUGAAGAUUCACAAAAAUCUUAUCAAAGAAUUUAAAUAUGCUCUGGUGUGGGGUCUCUCUGUGAAACACAAUCCUCAAAAAGUGGGUAAAGACCAUACGUUGGAGGACGAGGAUGUCAUUCAGAUUGUGAAGAAGUGACACCAUCCCCUUCACCAUCUGCCAGGCCAACCAUGGCAGCUUUCUCCAUGAUCAAACACCUGACUCCAAGCCCCUCCUGGCUUUGGCAGCCACUGGAUCAGGAUACAGGGGAGGGAGAUGGAGGCACCCAAAUUGGACCUUCACUUGUCUUAACUUGAUGUCACCUUGUAUGUUGAGCUGCAUAAAGGACCUGGUAGGCCAGCCAACUAUGUAGAGUU